AUGGAGAACGUGGAAGCAGUGCGAUUGAUCCGGUACCGGCAAGGCGAGGGUGCCCUUGCCGCACAUGCAGAUGCAAGGCCUGAACAUGACACGAGCCUUUGGCUGAGCGGGCAACGACUCGCCACAGUGAUGCUGCAGCUGGGAGCUUUGCCUGAUGGAGCUGGUGGUGAUCUACUUUUCCCCUUGCUGGAGGAGGGUAGAGGAAAGCAGGUAGCGCUCCAGCCUGGGAGUGCCCUGGUGUGGCCCACCACUGACCGCGACGGCCAGCCAGACAAGCGGGCCGCGCGAAAGGCUCUGCCGCUUCAAACUGCCGCGACGAAGUACGUGGCCAUGGAACCUCCUGCUACAACCGACGACUCCGACUACCUCGUCCUCAUGCAGACAGGCAAGACGCCCAAGAAUGACACCCCAACCAAUGCAGAGGGAUCGGGAACAACACCCCGAAACCUGCGACCGGGGGAGUCGGACCCUCAACCAACGAUCAAUGAUACAGCGUGGUUCUCGGUGGCAGCCAACUUUGAGGGAGACUUUACGGUGGAGGGACUAUUGCGGCUUUUGCAAAAGAUCCUGCACGAGAUGCUACAACAAUCCUUUGCUUUACCCAGCGACUACCUCACCAGCCUCGCCUACCACGCUUGUUACUACAUGUCAAAGUUGCAGAGCACCAACGAAAGGCAUCUGCAGCAGUCUGGGCACGCUGGGGUGAACCCAGAACCGCCUCAAGCAGCUGGACCCACCGCCAUGGUCUUCUGCAUCACGAAUGCCCUGCUCCAAGAUGGCCGCGCCAUAUUCAAGAGCUGGGCUCGAGACCCUCAAGCGCCGGGAGCCUUGCCCGGAACGGCUGCGUCUCAGAAUGCCUUGGAUGGAGUCAGCUGGGCUUUCCUUGCAAUCGAAGAGGGGGGCGUGGCCACCCUGGACGAGGCCCUCCAAAAUGCGUGGCAAGCGACCCAGCGAUGCAACAAGUACAUGGACGAGUUGCUGGCAUGGAUAGAGAAACAAUUCCAGGCCAACACCGGAGCGGGGAGCCCAUCCCCCAAACGUCGCAGAACGGAGGUG